UGCAGUCGAUAAGAAUUCGGCUAGCGUAGUCCCUUACCGUGGGCCAGUAUAAAGGGAUGAAUCCCCCUGAACAGCCUGAUAUCACUCAACUGCUGCAACUGCUGCACUUCCUAUCAACAUGGCCAAAAGCCUCACCUUCUCGGGCUAUCCGGCCAACAUCUCCCAGAUCUCCUCCGCAUUCGAGGUUCACGACAGCAGAUUUCUCAACCUUAUCGGCUCCACCCCCAAGCUAGAGGUCCUACUUAAGGACGAAGAUGUCCCCUUUGCGCACGAAGCGAGUGUCUUCAUCCCGUCUACCGACGAGCUAUUCCUAACCAGUAACAUCUUGACCGACCCCGUCACAAAUCACUCUACCAUCCAAAUCACCAAGGUCAAGGUCAAUUUUCACCUUGUCACAAGCGAAGUCAUAAACCCCGCAAUCCCAAUGGCAAACGGUGCGGUCAAUCACGGCGACGGGAUCCUCUUCUGUGGCCAGGGAAACCAGACCGAAACCAGCGGUUUAUAUCAGAUGUCGAUCGACCCUCCAUACAACACUGAGCUACUUGUCAGUGGCUUCUACGGCCGUGAAUUCAACUCUCCUAAUGACGUCGUCGUGCACAGUGAUGGAUCGAUCUGGUUCACCGACCCAAUCUACGGCUCCAAGCAAGGAUUCCGUCCAAAGCCCCAAUUGCCGAAUCAGGUCUAUCGCUUUGAUCCCGUCACGAAGAAUGUGCGUGUCGUAGCGAAUGGGUUUGGUCGGCCGAACGGUAUUGCUUUCUCGCCCGAUGAGAAGACCGUAUAUAUCACAGAUACCGCAUCUAUACUCGGUGACGGUACGACUGAUCCUACAGGACCGUCCACUAUUUAUGCCUACGACGUAUCAACCAUCCAAGGAGAACAGUCCCUCAUCAAUCGCCGGGUUUUCGCCUUGGCUGACACUGGGGUCCCGGACGGAAUCAAGCUUGACAUGGAAGGUAACGUGUAUGCUGGCUGUGGCGAUGGCAUCAACGUCUGGUCUCCAGGCGGGGUUCUUCUCGGGAAGAUUCUGAUCAAGGAUGGAGCGGCGAACUUUUCCUUCGGUCACAAUGGUCAAAUGUUUAUUCUCAACGAGAAUACACUCUGGUCUGCGCAGCUGAAUCGUUCGGUCAAAGGGGCACUAUUGAAGAUUUGA